AUGACACUUGUAAAGUGGAUCAUGGAUAAUACGUCAAACGAUGUAUGCGAGGAAUGCAUUAAGUGGUCGAUCUAUAACUACUCAACAUGCUUCUACUUUUGCGAAAUUUGUAGAUUCCCACGUGCUUCGUUUCCCGAUUUAACAGAGAGCUGCUUAAAUGCGGCAUUAGAAGUUGGCAGUGGUGGAGUAAUUCUUUCUAUUCUUUGCUCGACCAAAUCUGUUAAUCCUCCAUCAGAGGAAAGAUUGAAGAAGAUUUUAAGUUACGCUCUUGAAUGCCAGGACGAAGCUAUAUUAUCUAGACUGAAAGAGAUGGGUGUUUCACCAUAA